AUGCGCCCGCUCCCGCGCGCCGUGGCCGGCCUGCUGCCGGCCCUCGGCCUGCUGGUGGCAAGCCUGCUGUGGGCCCCGCCGCCGCCCGUGGCCGCCAUCAAUGCCGAGGUCCUGGCCCUCGGCAAUGUGGCCCCCCGGAUCAUCCGCAAGCCGCCGGUCGACGCGCCGAUCCUCCUCCCCCGGUAUGACGACCCGCAGGAGGGCGACUGGCCCUGCGCCAAUCCCCACAUGAAGUCCAUUUGCGUGGUGCCGCACGCCCCCUGCCGCCGGGCCUCGCCCACGUCCAUGUACAACUCGCUCUUUUGCGAGGAGUGCGAGCCGGGCUACGCCCUGAUCAAGGGCCGGUGCAUGCCGAUCGCCUUCCAGUACGCCAACACCACCAUCACGGAGGACGCCCGGGUCCUGCCCCGGUGCCAGGACGACCGGCACUGCUCGGACUGCCGGAAGGACGCCACCAAGUGCGACUUCUGCUGGACCCGGCGCCUGGACUCCGGCCGGUGCGCCGACCACGACACGGCCACCUGGACCGGCUGCGUGCCGGCCCACGAGAACAUCAUGCCGGAGUGCGCCGCCUGCACGGAGGGCUUCCUGCUGGACAGCCACCGGGCCUGCACCCGGCAGUGCGCCCCGGGGGAGUUCCGCUGCGGGCAGCACUGCCUGCCGCGGGAGGCCCUCCCGUCGGAGGGGUUCGCCUGUGACCGGUGGCCCAUGGCCACAUUCGCCCACUCGGAGAGCAACAUCCUCCGGACCCCGGGCGACUGGGCCCUGCUGAAGUGCUCGAUCCCGCCGCCGGCCCCCGGGGCCGGGGCCGGUGGCAGCCACUUCGAAGCCCCGGAGCCGGCCUGCUUCAAGUGCCAUGGGUCCUGCUCGGAGUGUGUCGGGCCCCGGGCCACGGAUUGCCUCUCCUGCGCCGGGCCCAAGGACCGGCUGGUGCCGAUGGCCGAGAAGUACUUCUUCGAGACCCGGGUGCAGGUGGGCCGGUGCCAGGCCGAGGCCUGCCCGGUGGGCACGGUGCAGCAAACCAAAACCUCCACCUGCCAACACUGCCCGAAGGAUUGCCUGCGUUGCAGCCCGGACGAUCCGAAUGUCUGCAUGGAGUGCAUCCCCCGGCGCUUCCUCAGCCUGGAUGGCCGGUGCCUGGAAGCCUGCCCCCCAUGGCAGGCCCCCACGCCGGAGGGCAAGUGCACUUCCUGCGCCGGCGAUUGCCGGACCUGCUUGCUGAACUUCCCGGACAUGUGCACCUCCUGCCACCCGGGGACGUACUUGCAAUUUGGCCGGUGCAAGCCCUUCUGCCCGAAGGGGUCGGUGGCCAGCGGCGAUGGCUGCUUCGGCUGCCCGGCCAUGUGUGACACUUGCAAUGGGGCCACCUGCACGCGCUGCCGGCCGGGCUUCGCCCUGUCCAAUGGCAUCUGCAUGGAUGCCUGCCCGACCGGGGAGUUCUACGACGAGGCGUCCAAUGCCUGCCGGCGGUGUGAGGCCCCCUGCCGGACGUGCCGCUACCGGGCGGACUUCUGCCUCUCCUGCAAUGCCGGGGCCGGGUACAUCCACGAGUUCCAGGGCCGGUGCAUGCUGGAGUGCAACAUCGCCGAUGGCUACUCCAAGGACAUCUUCUCCAAUUGCGUCGACUGCACAGUGCCCAAUUGCACCCACUGCAAGGACCACAACGAGUGCACCUACUGCACCAAUGGCCACUUCGCGCACAAGGGCAAGUGCGUGGCCCAGUGCCCGUACGACCAUUAUGGCACGCCGAAUGGCCAGUGCCUGCCUUGCAGUGACAAUUGUGUGUGCCGCGACCGGGUGGACAAUUGCGUGGCCUGCCGCCGGGCCUUCGACCGCCUGGCGCCGAACUUCGACAAUGAGGGCCGGCCCAUGUGCGUGUCCCAGUGCGAGGCGGUCCCCGGCACGGCGGACUUCCAGGGCCGGUGUGUGGCCUGCCCGGCCGAGUGCCGCAAGUGCCGGGUCACCGCCGACGACGAGGGCCGCCCGGUGCUCGACGCCGAUGGGCACCCGCAGUUCGAGUGCACCGCCUGCCAGCUGGGCCACCACCUGUCCGAGACGGGCCACUGCGUGCCGUACCCCUGCCCGGAUGGGAUGUACCGCCUGCGCGGGGAGAUCUGCCUGCCCUGCCAUGAGUCCUGCUCGGGCCAGUGCACCGGCCCCUCCCCCGGCCAUUGUCUGUCCCAUGGUGAGGAUUCCUCCAGCAGCCAUGCCUCCAGCAGCCAUGCCUCUAGUGUUGAUGAUUCCAGCAGCCAUGCCUCCGGCAGCCAUGCUUCCAGCAGCCACCACGACUCUAGCAGCCAUGCCUCUAGUGUUGAUGAUUCCAGCAGCCACGCCUCCAGCAGCCACGCCUCCAGCAGCCACGCCUCCAGCAGCCACACCUCCAGCAGCCAAGACUCCAGCAGCCAAGACUCUAGCAGCCACGCUUCCAGCAGCCACGACUCUAGCAGCCACACCUCCAGCAGCCACGACUCUAGCAGCCACGACUCUAGCAGCCACGACUCUAGCAGCCACGACUCUAGCAGCCACGACUCUAGCAGCCACGACUCUAGCAGCUCUAGCAGCCACGACUCUAGCAGCCACGACUCUAGCAGCCACGACUCUAGCAGCCACGACUCUAGCAGCCACCAUGCUUCCAGCAGCCAUGCUUCCAGCAGCCACGCUUCCAGCAGCCACCACGACUCUAGCAGCCAUGCUUCUAGCAGCCACUCGGACCACAGCUCCUCGCCCUCUUCCUCGGAUGCUGGCAGCAGCAGCCCCGGCAGCGCCUCUUCCGGCAAGGGAGACAGCUCCUCCAGCCAUGGUUCCGGCAGCUUCUCUGACAUCAUCUGCACCAGCUGCAUUGUCGACGCGCUGGCCGACAUUCGCGACGUCUUGCGCGAUCUUCUGGCCUACUUCAAGGCCAGCAAGGCUUGAGUAAUACCAUGGCCCGGGGAGGGCCUUCUCAACGCACGCUGUGCCCGCUCGGGCGACCGCGCCCCGGCCGCGCGCAGGGCCACAAGGGAGGCCCGUGCACACGCGUGACGGCAGGAAAGCGAGCCCCGAUCCGGCUACAUACAUGCGCCCAACGAUUGAGACAGAGAGAGAGAUAGAGACCCCGCGCGGGAGCCAGCCGAGGCCCAGCGACAACGCCCCCCGGAGGUCGACCGCGGUCGGGAGAGCACGCACGACAGGCAGACCGACAGAGCAGACGAGAGGGAGAGACAGAGAGAGAGAGAGAGAGA